AGAAGGAUGGUCCAGCAGAUAGAGGCGGCAGCAUGCUGAGCGCAGCCGCCGCACAAUGCCACAUACAAACUUACCCGAGCAGUGGAAGUAGACUUCUUUACUUUCAUGCCACCGCAGGGGUGACAACAGGAGCCAAACGCACAGAGCCAAAGAUUAAAACAAGCAGCGGUCAAACAUCCGCAGCCGCUCUGGUGAUCCGCUCUGCUCAGCAUAUUCAGUAAGGAGAUUUAUAACACGCAACCUGAAGAGAUGAGCGGCAGCAAGAAGAUGGAGGAUGAGGCGGUGCUGGACCGAGGGGCGUCCUUACUCAAGCACAUCUGUGAUGAGGAGGAGGUAGAGGGUCACCACACCAUUUACAUCGGCGUGCACGUGCCCAAGAGCUAUCGACGUCGGAGGCGUCACCGUCGGAGAACCAGCCACAAGGACAGAAAGGAGAAGUUGACGGAGAACACCUCUGACAAGUCGGACACGGAAAACAACGAUGAGGCCAGCAACAGCAUCCUCAAACCUCUCAUCUCGCCAGCAGCUGAGAGGAUCCGCUUCAUCCUCGGGGAGGAGGAUGACGGCCCAGCACCCCCACAGCUCUUCACUGAGCUGGAUGAGCUGCUGUCGGUGGAUGGACAGGAGAUGGAGUGGAAGGAGACGGCCAGGUGGAUCAAGUUUGAGGAGAAGGUAGAGAAAGGUGGUGAAAGGUGGAGUAAACCCCACGUGGCCACGCUGUCCUUACACAGCCUGUUUGAACUGCGGACGUGCAUAGAGAAAGGCACCAUCAUGCUGGACAUGGAAGCUUCCACUCUGCCUCAGGUUGUUGAGCUGAUCACUGACAACCAGAUAGAGAUUGGGCAGCUGAAGGCAGACCUGAAGGACAAAGUGAUGUACACGUUGCUACGGAAACAUCGCCACCAGACCAAGAAGUCCAACCUGCGCUCUCUGGCUGACAUCGGCAAGACGGUCUCCAGUGCAAGUAGGCUGUUUUCCAACCAGGAAAACGAUAGUCCCACCACAACUCACCGGAACCUGACCUCCAGCAGCCUGAACGACAUUUCUGACAAACCGGAGAAAGAUCAGCUGAGGAACAAGUUCAUGAAGAAGUUGCCGAGAGACGCAGAGGCCUCCAACGUGCUGGUGGGGGAGGUGGACUUCCUGGACGCGCCAUUUGUGGCGUUUGUGCGUCUGCAGCAAGCUGUGAUGCUGGGAGCUCUGACGGAGGUUCCUGUUCCCACAAGGUUUUUAUUCAUCUUGCUCGGACCCAAAGGCAAAGCCAAGUCGUACCAUGAGAUUGGCAGAGCGAUCGCCACGCUGAUGUCAGAUGAGGUCUUCCAUGACAUUGCGUAUAAGGCCAAGGACAGACAAGACCUGCUGGCCGGUAUCGACGAGUUCCUGGAUGAGGUGAUUGUGCUUCCUCCUGGAGAGUGGGACCCCACCAUCAGGAUAGAGCCUCCAAAAUCCCUCCCCUCCUCUGACAAAAGGAAAAACAUGUACGCAGGAGGAGACUCUCAGAUGAACGGAGACAUGCCUCAUGAUGGAGGUCACGGAGGAGGGGGACACGCUAUAGGGGAAGAGCUGAAGAAGACGGGGAGGUUUUGUGGGGGUCUACUACUUGACAUCAAAAGAAAAGCGCCUUUCUUCAUCAGUGACUUCACCGAUGCAUUUCACAUUCAGGCCCUGUCGGCCAUUUUGUUUAUUUACCUGGGAACUGUGACAAACGCCAUCACCUUCGGAGGUCUGCUGGGCGACGCUACAGAAAACAUGCAGGGCGUGUUGGAGAGUUUUCUGGGCACGGCGAUCGCUGGCGGGGUCUUCUGUCUGCUGGCUGGUCAGCCUCUCACCAUCCUCAGCAGCACUGGUCCCGUUCUGGUGUUUGAACGGCUGCUCUUCAACUUCAGCAGAGACAAUCACUUCGACUACCUGGAGUUCCGGCUGUGGAUCGGUCUGUGGUCGGCGUUCUUCUGUCUGGCGCUCGUGGCCACUGACGCCAGCUUCCUGGUUCAGUACUUCACCCGGUUCACAGAGGAGGGCUUCUCCUGCCUCAUCAGCUUCAUCUUCAUCUAUGAUGCCUUCAAGAAGAUGCUGAAGCUCGCUCACCACUACCCCAUCAACACUGAAUUUAAGAUGGACUACGUCACGCAGUACGACUGCCUCUGUAUGGCCCCUGCUGUUCUAGAGAACAGUACAGACAUCGUCGGUGAUCCUUUAGAAGGUACUGCAGUCUGGUAUUGGAACAACACUGACCUGCCAAUGAACGCCACAUGGUCGUCCCUCACCAAGACGGAGUGCUUGAAGUACAAAGGGGAGCUGGUGGGGAAAGCCUGCGACUCCGUUCCCGACAUCGCCCUCAUGUCCUUCAUCCUGUUCUUUGGCACUUACACCUGCUCCAUGUGUCUGAAGAAGUUCAAGACCAGCCCGUUCUUCCCCACCACUGUGAGGAAACUCAUCAGUGACUUUGCCAUCAUCCUGGCCAUCCUCAUCUUCUGUGGAGUCGACAUGCUCGUCGGAGUCGAUACUCCUAAACUCAUUGUGCCAACUGAAUUCAAGCCAACAAGUCCUAACCGGGGCUGGUUUGUGCCCCCGUUCGGAGGAAACCCCUGGUGGGUUUACCUGGCGUCGGCUCUUCCCGCCCUGCUGGUCACCAUACUGGUCUUCAUGGACCAGCAGAUCACUGCUGUGAUCGUCAACAGGAAGGAGCACAAGCUGAAGAAAGGGGCAGGUUACCAUCUGGAUCUGUUCUGGGUGGCUGUUCUGCUGGUGAUCUGCUCCUUCAUGGGUCUGCCGUGGUAUGUGGCCGCCACCGUCAUCUCCAUCGCUCACAUCGACAGUCUGAAGAUGGAAACGGAAACGUCGGCUCCUGGAGAGCAGCCAAAGUUCCUGGGUGUGAGAGAGCAGAGGGUCACUGGUGUGUUUGUGUUCAUCCUGACAGGACUGUCUGUUUUUAUGUCUCCUAUUCUAAAGUUCAUCCCCAUGCCUGUGUUGUAUGGAGUCUUCCUGUACAUGGGAGUUGCGUCUCUAAAUGGAGUGCAGUUUAUGGAUCGUCUCAAGCUGCUUCUGAUGCCAGCGAAACACCAGCCGGACCUGGUUUACCUGCGACACGUUCCCCUCAGGAAGGUCCACCUCUUCACCUUCAUCCAGAUCCUUUGCCUGGCUCUGCUCUGGAUCCUCAAGUCCACUGUGGCUGCCAUCAUAUUCCCUGUCAUGAUCCUCGCUCUCGUCGCCGUCAGAAAAGCGAUGGACUACAUGUUCUCCCAGCAUGACCUCAGCUUUCUGGACGACAUCAUCCCAGAGAAGGACAAGAAGAAGAAAGAGGAUGAGAAGAAGAAGAAGAAAAAACGGGGCAGCAUAGACAGCGACGCUGAAGACUCUGACUAUCCUUACAAUGAGAAUGUUCCCAGCAUUAAAAUCCCCAUGGACAUGAUGGAGCAGGAGCCCUUCUUAGGUGAUAAGGCCUGUGACAGAGACAAGUCCACUUCAUUCCUUGACCGACACACAUCGUGCUGAGCAGCUUCGCUACUACAAGUCCAACUGCUUGUCCAGCCCUGAGAUGAGUCCGCUGAAGUCUGUGCCUCAGAUUAGAAUAGACAUGGACCCAGACGAUGAUAAUUCAUUCUACUGGAAGAGCAGAGGAUCUGAAACAUCUCUGUAGAGCACUGAACCACCGUCGGGCGAAUCCUGCAGCAUCCGCAACACAACUCUCUCUGUCUUUUACUCACUUAAUAUUAAAAAUACUGUCUUUUUUUUUUUUCUAUUAAUGGAACAGUUUUAAAACCAUUUCUUUCCUCACUAUCUUCUCGUGGUCUUUGUCCCACAGCUCCACAGUAAACAGUCUUUGUGUCUGACUUGAACACAGUUAAAUGUAACUCCUUACUUACUCUUCUGUUCAGCUCCUGCCACAUACCGCUGAUCAACAGUAAAAUGCUGCAGCUCUCUGACCAUGCAUGGAGUGAUGGAGUGCCCUCCCUGCUCUUUUUAUAUAAAUAUAUAUAAAUAUCAUCUGUCUGAAUUUUUAUAUAAAUCAAAUUACUCUAAUAACAUUUUCCUGUAGCAGGAAAAUUAUGUUUUUAUAGCUCUACCUCUUGUUUUAGAUUCAAUGCUUAUUAUGAACAAAUGCAACAUGUUGAUUUUUGACGCAGCAUGGGGUUUUGAUAUUUUCUCUCUGGCUUCUUGCAGAGAUGAAAUGAUUCAAGAGAUUCACUGUAUUAUAGCUUGUGAAGGAAAUGUGUGCAAAUAGAUAUUUUAAGUAAAUUAACAGUUAAUUAACAAUGCAUAUUUGUAUGUGCAGAUGAGAUGAAUAUUUUUAUCAUCACUUUUUGAUGCAGCUUUGAUUGCUUCACCUUCUCUUUCUAAUUUUCUGAAUCUUUCUUUCACAUGUUCAAUUCAAAACUUUUGUUACUUGUUUAAAUUAAAUCAAACGUGUCUAUCUUUUUUUUUUUUAUGAUUAUGUUGUGUGUGUAUGUUGGUAACCUUUUCUUAUGUCAUUUUUUUUCUUUGUGGGUAGAAAACAGUUCAGCGAUACAUAAUCAUCUGAUUUUCCUCAGCCAAACUUAAACUCUAAUUAGGAGUUCAUAUCAUAUAAUUACUUGUGCUUUACCUAAGUGGCUUAUAAGAGAUUGAUCCAGACUGAAAUUCUUAUCGUAACAAUAUGAGAAGGGAAUCAAAUCCAUGUAAGCCUCAUGCAGUGGGACGGGCUCGUUUCUUUUUGUCUCAGCUGCUGUUGGAAUUAUCUGAUGUGAAAAUGGAAACACGUUUCAUUUUGUUUUGUGUAUUAAAAGGACAGAUUUGGAUUUUUUUUUCAAGUCCAUCUUGACAGAAUAUUCACAUGCCAGUGUGUACAUUGAGGCGGCGACUGGUCACUGUACUUAUUCCUCCUGGCAAAGUGAGCCCUUUGUCGUGUGACUCCAGUGUCAGACACGGGGGACAGAAUAUCAGCUGAUGUAGCUCACAACAGAAAUGCACAACUAUAUCUGAGAUCACUUGUAGUUCACAGCUCUUCCAGCAGGGGGCACUGACAAGUUAUUUUUCAACAUCAUCAUUUAAAAAAACAAAAAUAAUAAACCUAAGAAAUCCAUAUCAAGAUGUUUGUGUUGCAAAAAAAAAGUCUACAAUACACAGACAAUAUAUUGAUUUUUGAGAAAUCAGGUUAUAAUCCACAGUGCUCGUUUUGCACUAAAAAGCAUUUUACUAACUGAAUAAACCUGCCGUUUGGGCUUGAGGACUUGUCGCUAUGACAACAGAUCCAGACAAACAAAAAAACAAGUUAAUCACGAGUGUCGAGUUCAGCAAAACUACAUGAAACUAACAGGACGUGUCCCUGCGCUGCAGCUCAGUGAGCAAACGCCUCUGUACCACAAAGACCAUAACUUCCUCCGUCUAACAGCUGAAUUCAGGAGUGCAUUUUGUCCCCCAGUGUAGUCGCACCAAGAAGGGACUGUUUCAUGGCCAGUAUGAACAGGAGGGAUGAUAACAGUGAUUUACGCAACAUAUAUGCCAUGUGAUAGACUUGCUAAAACUUCACAGCAUUCCCUACAGAGCGGCCAGUGAGUCCAAAGUCACAUAGAGAAAAAAUAAAGCCCCUCAGAUUGGACAGCUUGACUUGUAUUGGCCAGUAUUACCUACAGAACAAAGUGUGGCUUCUUUAGCACUGUUCAUCAUCACCGUAUCCCCACUGUAUCUCUGACGGGCAAACUGAAGCGCUUUCUCACUUUGAUUUUUAGGUCUCAGUGGGUCACGGAUUCGAUUUGAAGUCCACGCCGUCCUCAGCACCACUACAGAAACACAAUUAAACUGUGUGAUAAAUGAGCCGCCUUCUUCCUCUGUAAAUCCUGUACAUAAAGGCAUGUCGGCUCGAAACCAAAACGCAGCAAGUUACUUUGUACCACCACUGGUCAGUGUGUUGAAUUUGUUUUUGUCCGUUUGUUUCAGUCCAUCAGCCGAAGUAACUUUGUACAUCAGUGUUUUUUAGCCGUCAACAGCCGAACGUGUCUGGGUCAUGUUAUGUGGGGAGUUGUUAGUGUAAAGUGUGUCAUACUGUGUAAGCAUGUCAGACAAAAAUCUGCAACAUGAAAUCAAAAACUUGUUAAUGAUGUUAAUUAUAGCGUAUGAAAUACUGAUACUUUUUUUUUUUUUUGGAUUAACUUUUUGUGAAUUUUUAGAAACAGGUGAAAUUGUUUAUUUUAGAAUUUAUAUUUUUCAAAUGAAAUGUAUAUUGAAAAUAAACAGAAAUAUCAGACAGUGA